CGCAGGUAUGCAGGUGGAACUGAGAGACACAAGUGGGCGGAGUUGUAAUGUGAACAAGCCUCGAGCUAAACCGUUUCUCGGGUCCUUUCAGUUUGAGCGUGAGACCCACGCGACGGUUCACGCGCGUGCAGCAUGGCCGUCGAGUUCACGCAGGAGUCCGUGCUGCGAUUUAUCCUCAGCAACGGCGGCAAAGUGCGAAACGCGGACUUGUUGACCCACUACAGACGCUUCCUGCGCGAGGACGAGGAGAGAGUGCAGAACCGCGAGUUGUUCAAGAAGUACGUGAACUCCGUGGCGACGGUGCGACAGGAGGACGACGCGUCUCACGUUGUGCUGAGGAAAAAAUACAGCGCGCUUCUCGGAAACGUCGCCAAGAAUCUCGACCCUUCACCAGUGAGUAGAAACCAGGGCUGUUUACCACAAACUGCUCCUAAAACUCAUGUUGAGGUCUUGCCUGCUGCUGGAAUUGUAACCACCACAACCAAAAACAACAAUAACAACGAUUUAACUCCUAGCUUUGAGAAGGACGUCCAAACUUUAACCCGUAGCGUAGAACAACCUGUAUUAUCCAUUAAGGGCACCUGCCCUUUGAGACCAACCUCACCUGACAUUGACAGUCGCUCGAGUGGGAGUGGCCAAAGUGUUCAGCCACAGGAGACGAAGGCGACCCGGGAGGCAAGCGGGGUGGAACAUGUUGUUUACCCCGCCAAACAGAGACAAUUAAGGGAAGCAGAUGGUUGCGAGCAGUCUUUUGUCAAGCCUGCAUGUUACUACGAGGUUAGAGUGUCGCCUCCGCCCGGAAAGCCCGUCACGGACGCUCAUAAACAAUUCCCAAAAUGUGCAGAAGGGCCUCCACUGCUUUCCAUUGGUCAGUCUCACAUAUCCACCUCGACUCCAUGUCUGCUGGACGCCCCUCAGUACGUGCAAACCCCCCUGUACACCCAAGCUGGGCUGAGCCGGAGCAAUGGCAGUCUACCGAGGCCACAUGGACCCUCAGAUCCCUCAAAAGCUCAAAACCUUCCUUCCUUAUAUCUGCAGCCCUGUCACACAAAAAAUCUUACUUCUAGUCAUGACAGCCUUUCGACGACCUCCCCCAAAUCCCUUGUGUCUGACACGGGUUGGAAUCAGGGCUCCGGGCGUGACGAGUGGUCCAGCGACGAUGGUUCCAGGUAUCUCUCCGGGCAAGAUGAGAACGGUGUACGUUCAUUGCUGCGUCGCAAUCAGGAGACGAGAUUGUUGUCUCAGCAGCAUCAACCGAGCCAUGACGUCGGACCCUUGCACCACUCCACCGGUCACCUUGAAGACCAGUCGUCCUCGCGCAGCGCCUCGCCGGAGACGCAUCACGGACCCAUCGCCCGGCGUCUCAGCUCUCGCCUGCGUAGUCGCAUGUGCCGCAGCCUCGGAGAAAACCUGGACCUGCCGUUCCCGGAGGACACCUCCUCGGCCCGGCUUAACCGUCUCCAGCUGCUAUCCUCCACCCUGAGCAUGGGCAAUUUAGUUUCCGCCCCCUCCAGCAGAGGCUCCCGUGAAUUCUCCUCGCCCGCCGGGUCCUUGCGAAAUUUGCACGAUGCUUCCUUCAGCAGUAAACAUUCCUCAGUCCCACUCGAGCCCAGAGAGCACGAGUGGUUUGUUAAAGCAGCGUCAGGGACGUGGACCGACAUCUACGCCCUCUUCCGAGAGGACCCCAACCUCCUCUACAAACGGGACUUCAUAUCCGGCUUCACCAUCCUCCACUGGAUCGCCAAGCACGGUGACCAUCGUGUUCUGAACACGCUUUCGUACGGAGUGGAAAAGGCCGGUAUGACUCUAGACCUGGACGCCAAGACCCUGUGCGGGUACACGCCGCUUCACCUGGCGGCCAUUCACGGGCACAAGAAACUAAUUCGCCUCGUGGUGCAGAAGUUCAAAGCUGACGUUCGGAUCAGGGACAGCAGCGGGAAGAGGCCGUGGCAGUACUUGAGUCAAGAUGAAAACAGGGAAGUUUUGGAGCUUCUGGGAGCACCGCAGAAGAUGAUCGGCGCCAGUUCAGCAUCGCUCAGCUCUGGGGAGAAACUCCCAAUGAGACCUGCCACCGCCAAAAUAAACGUAAAGAGACAUACAUCCAUCGCUGCACUGUUUAAACACAAAUCUCACUUGAGGGUCACCUCCGCUUCGGAAGCUUUUUAGUUUUCCCCAGCUGGACUCUUUGAUUGGUGGCACCUUUUCUGGGGUGAAGAAAUAUGCACUUUGUCACUUAUUUUAGGAUUGAAAAUCUAUUACACUCAAAGCCAAAGGGAUUUUUUAAUGUUUUGUUCUCAGUGAACAGGUGUAUGUGUGUGUGACACGGGGUUUCUGUGCUCCGUGUGAAUGUCCUUUAAUCUGCUGUGUUGUUUUGAACGCUCUUUAUUAAAAAGUAAGAGUGUUUUAUGAUAUGUAUCGUUUGCACCAGUGUUGUGAAUUGAAAACUCUAGUCAUGUCGUCACAGAGAUCAUAAGACGUUUUCUAUUGAAAACAAGUUUUUCAUUUCCAGACAGAUUUGGUUCGAUGCCCUAUAAUGCUCUUAAGCUCCUCAAGUAUUUUUGCUCUCUCUGUUAAUCUAGGAAACUAUGCGGUUUGCAGACACGCUGGUGUUCUGUAAUCGUGUUAAAGCACCAAAACACGACGUUUACAUUCUGUAAUUUCUUGAGAUGGGAUGAUAAAUGAUAUGUGGUUUUGAGAUACCGUGCACUCACAACCCGUUCAACCCUGGAACUGUUCGUCCUGCAAUGCUGUAAGAUCUCAGUUUAAUGUUUAACUCACUCAUCUACCUUAUCUUUCAAAUGGAGGGGGAGAGAGAAAAUGUUCUUUGAAAAACAUUCCAGCUCUGUUGAUGGCUCUCAGAGACCUCCUUUACUGUUGCUAUAGUAACAGUUGUCUUGUUUUUCCUCAUGUAUUCUGUUUGAUAACACUUUUGAUGUGGUGGUGUGGGAAUGGUAGUUCAGUGUGCUCGUGUUUUGAUGAUUUAUAUUCGGAAUCGAACCUGUAUUGGUGUAUUUUCCAACUGUACGUCUGAUACGAGGGAGGCUGAUAAAAGCAGGACUUUAGGGGUUUUUUCUUAUGAAGCGAUCUGUGAAGUGUUGCGGAUGUGUUUCAACAUGUCACAGGGUGUUGGCGUUUAUUCUGCUGCACUCGUGCUUAGCAGUGAGUAUAAUGUUUACACUACGUGAUGCAGCUUUAUACUCAAAGUUUAUUAUAUAAAUAAAAGACACAACUUUGACCUUCAACACUGUGUUUGUUGUUGACCCACCAGCAUGUAUUUUGCCGCUUUAUUAUACACAAUAAUUGUUCAACUUUGAAAUAGAGUAAAUCCUCUUAGAAUUGGGGUCACAAGAGUGAACAGUUUUCAGGAAGCAGCUUUCCUUUUAUUUUCUACUGUAUAUACAGUUCAUUUGAACCCAAGUUUUAUACGAAUCGUUAUUUAAAUUCUUUGUUCAUUAGUUGUUAAGUGUUUUAUUGUUGCAUAGCAUCUUUUCAGUAAAUGCAUAAUAGUUCAAACAAAAAACAUUUCAAAAUUAAAUGACAAUGUCAAAUAAAAAACAUAAUGAAAGAUA